AUGUUGUCAUCGACAACAACGAUCUUAGAAUCUUACAUCCAACCUCAUAAAACCGACACCAUUUACGCCAAAAACAGAACACUCGACAGCUUCGUGAAAUCUGGGCACGUUAGCCUUGCUCAAAAACUAUUCGAUGAAAUGCCCAUAUGUGAUGUUGUUACCUAUAACUUGAUGAUUUCUGGGCUUGGAAAAUAUGGAAUAUCAAGACAAGCUCUUUAUUAUUACUAUGAAAUGGUUUCCUUAGGAAUUAAAGAAACCCCAUCAACGUUUUCUUCUGUUUUAAGUAUAUGCAGCAGCCGAGAUGGGCUUUUUAGAGCAGGAAUUCAAGUUCAUUGCAGGGUUAUUAAAUUUGGGUAUGGGUCCAAUUCGUUUAUUAGUAGUUCGCUUGUUGGUUUUUAUAUGCAGAUGGGAUUUUUUGAUUUCGGUUUGAGUUUGUUUAAUGAAAUGCCUGGGAGAAAUUUAGCUACUUGGAAUUUGGUUUUACGUGGCUUCUGUGAACUGGGUCUGUUUCAUGAGUUAUUAGGAGUGUAUCGUGAGACGAAAUUGGAUGGUGUAAAACCAAACGGACUUACUUUUUGUUAUUUGAUUCGAGGGUGCUGUAAUGAAAGGUUUUUCGAUGAAGGGAAGCAGCUGCAUUGUCAUGUUUUUAAAGUGGGAUGGGCGGGAUCGAAUAUUUUUGUUGCUAAUGCUUUAGUGGAUUUUUAUUCUGCUUGUAAAAUUUUGCAUGAUGCAAGUAAAUCAUUUGAGUCCAUUAUGCUGGAGGAUGUCCUUUCGUGGAAUUCGAUAGUGGCAGUGUAUGCUGACCGCGGCUUAUUAUUUGAAGCUCUUGAACUGUUUUAUAUGAUGCAGUUUUGGGGAAAGAGACCAUCUAUUCGUUCAUUUGUUGCACUAUUGAAUUUUUCAAGCAUAACUGGGAGUAUUUUGUUUGGAAAGCAGAUUCAUUGUUGUGUUUUGAAGAUGGGUUUUGACAUUGGAAGUUUCCAUGUACAGUCUGCGUUGAUUGACAUGUACGGGAAAUGCAGGGACAUUGAGAGUUCUGUGUCCACUUUUGAAAGUGUUCCUGGGAAAACUACAGAGAGUUGCAAUUCAUUAAUGACCUCUUUGCUGCACUGUGGUAUUGUUGAUGAUGUAGUUGAGAUGUAUGGUUUGAUGGUUGACGAAGGAAUUGGACUUGAUGAGGUUACAUUCUCCACGACACUGAAAGCAUUAUCAGUUUCUGCAUUUGCGAGUUUGGACAGCUGCAGAUUGGUGCACUGUUGUGCAAUGAAGUUAGGUUUUGAAUCCAACAUUGCAGUUUCAUGUUGCUUGAUUGAUGCAUAUUCGAGAUCCGGUCAUGUUCAACUUUCAAAGAAGGUUUUUGAACAACUUCCUUCUCCAAAUGUAAUCUGUUUUACGUCAAUUAUCAAUGGACUUGCACGAAAUGGGUUGGGGAGAGAAUGUCUUCGGACAUUUGAAGUAAUGAUCCAAAAGGGUUUGGAACCAGAUAAAGUGACAUUCUUGUGUGUGUUAACUGGAUGCAGUCAUUCUGGGUUGGUUGAAGAUGGAAGAUUGAUUUUUUAUUCAAUGAAAGCUAUUUAUGGGAUCUGUCCAGCAAGGGAGCAUUUUUCCUGUAUGGUCGAUCUCUUGGGGCGUGCAGGUUUGCUUGAUGAAGCUGAAGAGCUGCUGCAACAGGCCCCUGGAAGAGGUGAUUGUGUGAUGUGGACCUCAUUAUUGCGAAGCUGUAGGAUCUAUAGGAAUGAAAUUUUGGGAAGAAGAGCAGCAAAAGCAUUGUUAGAGCUUGACCCAGAAGAUUUUGCAGUGUAUUUGCAAGUUUCAAACUUCUACUCUGAUAUUGGGGAAUAUGAAACCUCAAUGCACAUCAGAGAGCUUGCUGUAGCAAGGAAGAUGACAAGGGAGAUAGUGGCUCAUGGAGUUGCAGGAAACAUGGCAUGUAACAGCAUCGGCAAUCUUGAGAAGCUUAAAAACUUUGACAUAGAAGAAGUAAAUGAGACAGAGCUUUCUGAUGUUCCAUCAUGGACAAGUGAACGUGGGGCUAAGGUUCUUGUCAAUGUUGAUAGCUUUGGUGCUGUUGGAGAUGGAGUUUCUGAUGACACUCAGGCCUUUGAAAAUGCUUGGAACACAGCCUGUACUACACCAAAGUCAGUUUUCUUGGUUCCUCCAGGGCAGCGUUAUUUGGUUAAUGCAACGAGAUUUAAAGGGCCUUGUGUGGAUACGUUGCUUAUCCAGAUAGAUGCAACAAUAAUGGCACCUGAUGAGCCUAAGAAUUGGGAACCAAAUUUUGCUCGACUUUGGCUUGGCUUCUUUAAAUUGAAUGGAGUUGUCUUCCAAGGGAAUGGAGUAAUUGAUGGCUCAGGCAGCAAAUGGUGGGCAUCAUCCUGCAAAAAGAACAACUCAAACCCUUGCAGAGGAGCACCAACAGCAUUAACUAUUGAUUCAAGCUCAAAUGUGAAGGUUCAAGGCCUUACUAUCCAAAACAGCCAACAGAUGCACUUUGUGAUUUCCCGGUCCGAUUCUGUGCUGGUGUCUGGUGUUCUAGUCUCAGCUCCAGAAGGUAGUCCCAACACUGAUGGAAUUCAUAUUACUGGAUCAACUAAUGUUGUUCUCCAGGACUGCAAAAUUGGAACAGGUGAUGAUUGCAUCUCUAUCGUGAAUGGUAGCUCCAAUAUCAAGAUGAAGAGGAUUUUUUGUGGACCAGGACAUGGAAUCAGUCUUGGGAAGGACAACUCCACUGGCAUAGUAACAAAAGUAGUCCUGGAUACAGCAUUCCUUCGGGAGACAACAAAUGGCCUCAGAAUUAAGACUUGGCAGGGUGGUCAUGGUUAUGUUCGUGGGGUACGCUUUGAGAAUGUGGGAAUGGACAACGUUACGAACCCCAUCAUUAUUGAUCAGUUCUAUUGUGAUUCUCCAAAAGCGUGCCAAAACCAGACGUCAGCUGUUGAAAUAAGUGAGAUCGUGUACCGGAAUAUAAAUGGCACUACAAAGAGUUCGAAGGCCAUGAAAUUUGCAUGCAGUGACACAGUUCCCUGCCGAAACAUAGUGGUGAGCAACAUCAACUUAGAGAAUAAGGACGGCACAGUGGAGACCUAUUGCAACUCUGCACAAGGCUUUGGGUGUGGCUUUGUGCAUCCCUCAGCUGACUGCCUAAGUUUUCAUGACAAAGGCUAUAAUGUCAUUGGUCAGUCAGCAAUCACCAAAGAAUCCAGUGUUAUUGCUCAGAUGAAAACUUCCGAGCUUUCUGAAACCAGCAACGAGGAUAUUACUCACACUGAGCUGUGA